GAGAGAAAACUGUCAGAGCCAGAUCCACCGCACGAGCGCAGCCUCACGGUCGUGUCUCUCCACAAACCAACUUCUAUGAAACUCUGUGUUUCUGCGGACAAACAGCGGCAUUUGCCACAUCAAGAAGACGCUUUUGGUCCAUUUUUGAUUAGAGAAGCUUCCAGUGCCUACGAGGACUUGUCAAGAUAACUUAGGCGUAGAAAACUUACCCACGAUCAUUUGAAUCGCAAAGCUUUCCUGUUAGGUUAGCCGGCGAGAAUAAACAUACGUAUAUUUUCGCGUUUUUGUAGCGUUAGCUUCGUGUUGAUACAUGUUGUAGCCUUUUUAUAGAGAAAAAUCAGCGACUUUAUAGUUGCUGAACACUCCAAACUGAAAAAACGGCUUCAGCACUAAGGUAACGGAGGAGGAGACAGAAAGUCCAAGGAUAUGGAGUCGACCAAAGCCGGUGUAAUCACCUACAUCAGCUCGUCCAGCUCGGCCUCCAGCCCCGAGUCCUGUCACAGUGACUCCUCCAAUGGCAGCUACCACUCGUCCUCGCCCCCCCACGGCUCCUCUCCCAGACGAGGCCCCGGGACCGUACCUCCUCUGAAAGGACGCGGGCCCUCCACUGCCAAGUGUGGCAUCACCAAACUGAAUGGGCUGGUGCUGCCGUGUAAAGUGUGUGGAGACGUGGCUUCGGGUUUCCACUAUGGCGUGCACGCAUGCGAAGGAUGCAAGGGCUUUUUCCGGCGGAGCAUCCAGCAGAACAUCCAAUACAAAAAGUGCCUAUUGAACGACAACUGCCCCAUCAUGAGGAUCAGCCGCAACCGCUGUCAGCAGUGCCGCUUCAAGAAGUGCCUGCUGGUGGGCAUGUCCCGGGAUGCGGUGCGAUUCGGGCGCAUCCCAAAGAGGGAGAAGCAGCGCAUGCUCCUGGAGAUGCAGAGUGCCAUGAACAACAUGAUGAACAGCGAGCUGCAGAGCCCUCCCCUCAACAUCCCCAAACCUCAACCUGCCAACAUAGACGCUACCUCAGACACGGGCUCCUCCCCCUCGCCCUCCUCCUCCCCCCGCUCCAACCAGUCGGACUCCAGCUCGGACCCAGAGCCCAGCGUUUCCAUGGACACCAGCUCCGGCUCCCCCAGUGCGUCGGACAGUGGGGAGGAGGAGGUGAUCGGGUCAGUGACUCGCGCCCACCAGGAGACCUUCAUGUACAACCAGGAGGCAACACCCCCUGACAACAGCAUGACCAAUCACAGAGUGGAGCAGCACCAGAACAACUGGAACCACCACAACAACCUGGUCACCAUGGAAACUCAGCCAAACCAGGACACCAAUGCCUGUCCUUUCAAAGUGCCCCAGAGCAGCUUGGGCCCCUGCCCGGCCCCUGAGGGCCCCGUACACAGGGCAUACGGCCGCCCUGUGUGGAGGGGGGGCACCCGGAUGCACCUGGUGUGUCCCAUGAACUUGUCCCCUCACGUGGACCCGGACAAGUCGGGCCCGUCGGUGUGGGAGGAGUUCUCUCACAGCUUCACUCCUGCUGUCAGGGAGGUGGUGGAGUUCGCCAAGAAGAUCCCCGGCUUCAGAGAGCUGUCCCAGCACGACCAGGUCAGCCUGCUCAAGGCUGGCACCUUCGAGGUGCUGGUGGUGCGCUUCGCCUCCCUAUUUGAUGUGAGGGAGCGCACGGUCACCUUCCUGGGGGGUAAGAAGUACAGCGUGGACUGCCUGAGAGCUAUGGGGGCUGGAGACCUCCUCAACUCCAUGUUUGACUUUAGCGAGAAGCUCAUGAACCUGGGCCUGAGCGACGAGGAGAUGAGCCUCUUCACUGCUGUGGUCUUGGUCUCAGCAGAUCGCUCGGGCAUAGAGAACGUGAACUCUGUGGAGGCUCUGCAAGAGACGCUGAUCCGCGCGCUCCGAAGCCUUAUCACCAAGAAUCACCCCAACGAGGCGGCCAUCUUUACCAAACUGCUGCUCAAACUGCCCGACCUGCGCUCGCUGAACAACAUGCACUCAGAGCAGCUGCUAGCGUUCAAGGUCCAUUCCUGAGUCGUCUCGUACCUCCCUCCUCCUUCUCCUCCUCCCUCUAGAGACUGACGCGGAACACUGUAGGACCAGAGCCGGACCAGGGAGGGACCACCUUUUAGUAGUAGAUCUUGGUCCGUAAAACUCUGACGCGAAACGGGGGAACAAACUGUUGAAAAUUCAAUCGUACUGUAGGGAGAAUGAUGUGUACAGAUGAGACGCAGCGAUUGAUGUGUAUGUGUUUGUGUUUGUGUGUUGGAGCGGGCGCCGUGUUUCCAGCCAGAGGUACGGGAAGUGCUAAUAUGUACAGAGAGGGUGACCCGAUGUCCCUAUUUACCCGGGACAGUCCCUGUUUUGAUCCCUGUGUCCCCUGUCCCAGCAGAUUUAUCCAGAACCAUUGAUUUGUCCCAGUUUUAUACAAGAAAUGUCCCAGGUCUCCCUAUUUUUUACCAAUAUGAUACCUGCCAAAAGCAAAAGGAGGCAUAAAAUACAAGAAAAGCUGCUUAAAAAUGACCAAAACACAAAGAAAAUCUGACUAUACUGUCUCACAUGUUAGUCAUGAGUGGUCUCUGCAGAAUAAUUUUCCUUAAUUACACACUCGUUCUACAAUUUUAUUAUUAUCAACCACCAAAAAACUGGAGUCCCAGUUUUUUAUUUUGAAAUUCUGGUCACUGUAGAUACAGAGGAAAUGGAGAUGGUUGACUAUCCUUGGAUUUGGAUACUGAAAAGUUGAGUUUAACUUGUUGCACUAUUUUGUUUUGGUAAAUGUGUACUAUUUGGAUUAAAAAAAACAUAAAUAUUAAAACAAACAAUAAAUUGGUUAAUAGUAGAACUUAAGAAAAUAUAUUCUGUGCUUAAUUCGAAGGCCUACUUUUAAAAAAAGAGUACAUUUCAUAGUUAAGCCUCCUCAUUGUCUGAAAAAGCAGCUAUUAUUUCUAAAGAUAUUUUUGAAGCGCAGCGUACCCUACCUCUGGAUGGAAAACCCGGCUCCAGUGUUUUGAAACUAUACAAACAAUGGAAGCACUUUCCUUUAGAGUGUAGCCUGGUGUCUCUGCAUUCAUAGUGCAAUAUGUGACUGCUUUGUAAACUAAAAAGAAUGAAUUGUCAAGUCCAAACUUCACCACAACCCUUUGCUUUUUUUCUUAUUCGUUGGACACUGGCUAAACAAUAGGGAGUCUUCUUUACUGAAAAUGUAGAAAACAAUUAGAAUACUGCAGUAAUGUUAACAAGAUAUUCUGAUAUGAAUUUCAGUGAUGCAAUUGUGUUGUAUUUUUUAUUUCUUGUUUACCUUUUAAGUUAUUCGGGCAUUGCGACAAAUCAAAAUGACCGCUUUUCCACUCAUGGACCAGUGGAGAUGGACGCUGAAUCGAUGGAAUCUUAAUUAUCUUGUUUUGAAAAUUUGAGUACAUGUGUAUUUUUUUUCUACUGUAAAUUCAGAUUUUGUUUGUCCUGACCGGGAAUGCAGUCUGCGGAGUGUCCAUUUGCGCUCCUACUGCCACAUUUUAACAUCCCAAAAACUAUUGCAGGCUCCAGCUACACCCGUUUGCUUGAAAACCUUUUGUACAGAAUGUAUAGUAUAGAAUUACGAAUAGAAGCGCUAUAUGAAUAAAUAAACUAUGAUUGUACUUUCACUGAUUGUAGUUGAAUUAAGCUACAGUGUGAGUGAGUUGCCGCCGGUGCAUUUGUCGCGUUGAAAUUUUGGGACUCUUUGGUGGAAUGUGCGGAUAUCCAGAGCUUCUAACGUCGUGCUCAUGUGUUUCUGUUCUCCUCUGUCAAAGGAUUGCAGUAUGCAUAGAUUUCUAUAUGAAGAGACGUGUUAUCAGACAGUACUGUAUAGAUAAAUAUAUCGACAAAUAAAUUUUAUAAAUGCAAA